AUGGAUUCAGAUGAAGGGGAUGGAGGCCUCGAAAUCAAAAUUGUACCACCAGAGCUUUACGACUCGGCCCGGGCAAAAAUUGAUGCCAACCUCCGCUGGCUUUUCGCCAAAGCGUAUGGAGAAGAUUGCGUCCCCGAUGACCUCAGAGAUCCCUUCUACGUAGACCAGUAUGGCGUCGAGCACAUCAAGCCUCCCGUGCUGGAGCUGCUGCUGUCGGUUGAGCUGUACUCACGCGUGUGCAUGUUCCUCUCGCUGGGCGAGCAGUCGGCCACGCGCCACACGCACCUCUCCGUCCUGCAGGUGCUCGCCCGCCAGUCCAUCGACGUCCUCGAGCCCGACGGGACUCCCGUCACGCACCACGACCUGGCCUCCACCCCCAUCAGGAUGAGCUCUCAUAUCCCGCUGAUCGAUGCUCUGAUGAUGGCAUGUACGAUGGAGAUGGUGAAUGUAGAGCGGGUGAUGUCGAGCAUCAAGCGCUUCUCAUCCUACAGCUCCACCAAAGAACUCCAGGUUCCCCUGCACAUGGAGGAGGCCAUGCUCUUCUGGAUCAACAAGGUUAUUUCAAGAACCAGGGAGAUCUGUGAAAAAGAACUCAAGCUAAAACAACAACUGAUGGACUCACCAUGUCAUCAAAAGGUUCGAUACCGAAGAGACCAUGUGUCUAGUCGUAUUCUUCCUCAUCUUCCACUGGUGGAGGAUUUGAUGAAGGACCUGUGUAACGGUGCUGCCCUGCUGAUCAUCAUCCACUACUACUGCCCUGAAUACAUGAGAUUGGAGGAUAUCUGUCUGAAGGAGGUUCUGUCCAUCUCUGAUAGCAUUUAUAAUCUUCAGCUCCUAAAGGAGUUCUCCAGUGAGUACCUGAACAGGUGUUUAUACCUGAGCAUUGAGGACUUGCUGUACGCUCCAGCAGUGCUGAAGCACAACAUGAUGGUGUUUAUAGCAGAGCUGUUUUGGUGGUUCGAGGUUGUAAGGCCAGAGUUCGUGAAACCCAGAGAUCCACAAGAGAUCAAAGAUGUGAGAGCAUCGACACAGGCAAGGAGUUCCCGCUUCCACUUACCAGUCUCAAAUGCUGCAAAGCGAAGCUUCUUAAGCUCCUCCCCUUCUGUGGACUCCCUGUCGACAGGACCUGUUCAUGACACCUAUAUCAGGUAUAAAUUAUACACAAAGAGGUUGGCAUCUGGUACCAAAGCAAGUCCAUCAUAUUCACUCCUUUCACUGAAACAGAGACAACAGAAGCCUCUCCACAUGGAGGAGGCUGGAGAGUUUAGAAACAGGUCUAAUUCUCUCUCACGUAUGGACGGGCACAAUCCUGGUCCUGGUCUUGGUCCUGGUCCUAGUCCUCUAUCCCGGCUGGCCUGGAUGGAGAAAAAACAAAGACCGCUGUCGCAGCUAGAAACAGAUUGGGAGCACGUAUGCGUGGACAACAUCAGCUUGACACGCUCCAUCAGCAAAGACAGUCUAGCGUCCAACGUCAUUUCAGUCACCCCACGUCAUCGCAUUAAUGGCCAGCCCUCCCCCAGUUUGGUCCGCAGGCAUGACAGCGUGGAAAAGGAUGAGGAACUUGUUGCCGUGAUGGGUCCGGAAACCCGUUCUGAGGGCUUUUUCCUUGAGCCUUUGCAGCCGGCGGUUUUAAGACCCAAUAAGGAGAAACUCACGGCGGUCAGUAAACAAGAUGAAAGCGGAGAGGGACGAACUCGGAGAAGACGGGGAGGUCACCACAUGUUAAUAAACCAAAGCUUUUCACCCAUUGAUACUGUUGAACCACAAAAUGUGACGCACUCCGCGGGCUUCUUUCUACAUGGAACCACACAGGACAUAAGAGUGGCCGAGCAAACACCUCCGGACGAAGACUCGGACUCGGAGAUCGGAGACGAAGACGAGGAAGACGACACUGAAAAGCAGGAUUGCGAAAGAAUACUAUUUUUUACUCCUAGUAAAAAGAUCAAGUGCCUGGACCAACGAAAGGAUGAAGGAGAAUCCAUGAAGCUAUGCGAGGACGUACGAGUGCAAGAGCAUGGGGACAAAGAUGGCACCAGUGGACGAUGCAGUCCGAGCUCGCUCUCUCAAGCCAGCAGCACGUCUACUGGCACCGGUCGCGUCACCAGCUUUGCCGAAAGGCGAUUGCAACACGUCACGAUGCCAGACGGUUACAGCACUGGUAGUACCUCGUAUGCUACGACUCCAGAUGGCUCCGACACUGGCACUCUAAGCCCUGAUGGUAAAGGCGGCAUGGCGUCAGAUCUCAUCCAUUUAAAACUGCAACUGGAGGAGAAGCGGCGGGCUAUCGAGGCUCAGAAGAAAAAGAUGGAGGUCCUGGCGGCACGGCAGAGGAUCCAGCUGGGCAAAGCGGCCUUCCUGAACGUGGUUAAAAAGGAUCGGAGUGACACGCUGCCCCAUCCAGGGAAACAAGAAGCGCUGGCGAUGAAGGUGAAGAAGGUGGCAAAGGAUGACGCAUGCGUCGAGGUGUUGAAGGCCAAGAGCAAGGAAAAUGGAAACAACCUGAAUAAAGACAGACAAGGUGCGAAGGUUGCAGCUUCACCAACGGCUAGUUCUGAUAACCGCACAAGAGAGGUGGAGGACUGUGAGGAAGCAGGUGGAAACCUAGACCUAAGCGAGUGCAGCCACUCAAUUGAGCUUCUGAACGAGGCCAUUGGUUCGAUCCAGCAGCAAAUGAUGCAGCUCUCAGUCCAGCAGGAACUGCUCAUGAGGCAAACCCUCAAAUCACCACAGCAGGAAUAUGUCAAGAAACCUCAUCCUCCUCACGAACCAGACACCAAGCCUCGCUCCUCCAUGCAAUUUGUGGAAAUCUCCACAGCAAAGCGAGCACCCCCAAAGCUCAGCAUGUCUCGAAGUUCUCGGACCAAACCCUCCGAGCUCAAGCUCAACAAAGACUGUGCCCAUCGAGCAGGCUCAAAGAGCAGCACCCGGACGCCUGGCGGCGACGCCAGACUGUCGCCAGACUGUAAGACACCCGUAGCUGAGAAUGAAGAAGAGGGCGGAGCCAGAAUAAAUAGCCGCACCCCAAGCCGGGGCGGAGCCCGAAACACCACGUUCCGGGUCCAUAGUUUUGGGAACCAGAGAUCAGAGGGGUUAGAGAUGCCCAAACCAGAAUCGCCAGUGGUGGAGGAGCAGAGAGGGUUAGAGAAGGACGACGUUUCAGAUAUGAGUGAGGAGAAAAAAGCCCAGCUGAUCGAGGUGGACCUGUCCGAACUGGCUGAAGCUCCUGACUCCAGUGAACAAAAAGCAGGAAUGGGCUUCUUUUUUAAGGAUGACCAAAAGGCAGCGGAUGAGAUGGCUAAGAAGCGUGCUGCAUUUCUGUUGAAGCAGCAGAAGAAGGCUGAGGAGGCACGUCUUCGCAAACAGCAGCUGGAGGCCGAAUCGGAGCUGAAACGUGAUGAAGCCAGGCGUAAAGCGGAGGAGGACCGGGUACGUAAAGAGGAGGAGAAGGCGCGUCGGGAGCUUAUUAAGCAGGAGUACCUGCGCAAAAAACAGCAGGAACUGAUGGAGGAGCAGGGUGUGGCCAAGCCCCGUCCACAUAGAAGAAAACCUCGGCCCAGGUCACUCCACCGUGGCCAGUCCGGCACAACCACCCCUGUAAGUUUGUGUGCCGCUCCAUCAGGUUCCUCACUGUCGUUGGCCUCUGCCGCUACGGAAGCAGACAGCGUCACUUCUGGAGGAGGCUCACAGAGGUGUGUGGGUGAGUCAGUUGAGUCAUUUCCAACGUUGAGCCGAAAUGCUAGCAGAAACAUGGAGAGAGACUGGGAGAAUGGCUCUACAGCUUCUUCCAUCGCCUCUGCAGCAGAGUACAGUGGGCCAAGGUUGUUCAAAGAGCCCAGUGCAAAAUCCAAUAAACCAAUCAUCCAGAAUGCCAUCGCCCACUGCUGUCUGGCAGGGAAGGUCAAUGAAGCCCAGAAAACUUCUAUCUUAGACGAAAUCGAGCGAUGUGAGGCGAACCAUCUGAUGAUCCUGUUCCGCGAUGGUGGCCGCCAGUUCCGGGCGGUCUACGUGUUCGUGCCCGAUACAGAAGAGCUGGUGAAGUUGACCGGAACGGGCCCCCGUGCCAUCACGCGCAAAAUGAUCGACAUUCUCUUCAAGUACAGCUCGGACCGCAAGCAGUUUACCAUCAUCCCAGCCAAAACGGUCUCAGCCAGCGUGGACGCCAUCACCAUUCACAACCACUUGUGGCAGAUCAAGCGGCACCACAGCUCUACCAAGAGGAAGUGA